ACGAUGGGUUAUGUCAGUGGAUUAGUGGAGCAGAGGGUUAUCCCUCCAAGCAGGAUGACUAACAUCACAAGCACAUACAGCUUUCACUCUGAAACCACUCUAACACACUUUAGAAAGCACAGUGAAAGGGGGAAUGUCUUGGCUGGAUGAUGUGCCCAUGAAAAUCCCUCUGGGUUUCCUUGGAAAGGUCAGAGAGGAGGUGGAACUUGUCACAGCGCCAGAAGUCAUUGUGCCAGACUAUCUAAAGAUCCUCCAGGAAACAGAGUAUACCUUCAGGCUGGAGAACUGGGUUCUAACUUGUAUGCAGGGUGGCUGUAGUGUGCCUAAUGUGCUCUGCCCCAGUGUGGCCUCUAAGAUGGCAGCGACUUGCCCUCCAUAUUGGAUGCUGUUCAGCAGUCCUCAGCAGAGCAGGCUGGCCAGCCGCUGGAUCAGUGACUUCUGGGAACCCAAUCCUCGGCGACGCAGCCAUAGUCUUAAUGCGGCUCAAUUAAAUGCUAUGAAUGACAGAGUCAGGUUCAACAUUUCAGAUUCAGAUGAUGAUGACUCUUUUAAUAACGAGGAGGCUUCUUUCACCAAACUUAAAUGUAACAAGUCAGGUUUAAGAAGACAAGAGCUAGAUAGGAUAGAUGUUUACUCUCGUUGCUCUUCAGAUCUGCUCAAAUUACCUUCACAGCAGUGCUCUAGCCUCCUACAGUGCUCUCUUCCAAAUUCUGAAGCACAAAGAAGAAACUUAUGGAAAAUUCACAACCAUGGAGAUUCAUUUCAUGAGCUUUCAACAAGCCAACACCUUUUGACUUUUGGACAGGUGACACCUGUCACAGAGUCUCCAGGCCUUAACUCCAGCAUGCCCCUGGCCCCCACACGUCCCCUCAGUUCCCAUGCAACAGUCAAUGAUUCCUCUGUGGAACUGCUCUCAGCUCUCAGCCCUGAAGAACGCCAGCUCUUGGGGACCAUUACAGAGCAUGGAUACCCACUACGGACAGCCAUUAUUGCCCUGCAGAAAAUGGGCCAUUGGAGCUCAGAGCAGAUCUUAAGUUACCUGGUGGCAUGUGACCAUCUGUGUGAACUUGGCUACGAUAAAACUCAAGUAGAAGAAGCUCUGGAGAUGUUUCAGAACUGUGAGACAAAGGCGGCAGAGUUUCUUCACCUCCUCACUCAGUUUCAUGAGAUGGGCUUUCAGCCGAAUGCUAUCAAAGAAGUCCUACUGAUGCACGAGAACCACUGCGAUCGUGCCCUGGAGGAGCUCAUGAUGCAUGUUACCUGAUACUCCAUACAGUACUUUUUUUUAUAUCGUUGUUGGUGAACAAUUAUAUAUGGGGCCUUGAUAAAAUUGUUGCGCACUGCACAUAUAUGGAAAAGUAUUCUCUGUCCUUGUUCCUAUGUGUUUUUAUUUCAUCUAUCAGUAUAAUUACCCUGUCAUGAGGCGUCUCCAUGAACAAAGUGAGUGUGUGAUUGUUUAAAAUAGUUAGUCUUAAUGAAAUGUCCACAACUAAGCUUUUCAGUCACUCUUAGAAAUGGAACAUAAUUAAAAUCGACCGCUUGCCAAGAAACACUUGGCCGACAGUGCAUGAUUAAAGAAAACCAAAACAGUGAUCAUUGUUUCUACUUCUAAUUCCCUGCCUUUAAGGAAAUGUGAGCUGCUUCCAGUGAGUUUAACCAGCUCCGGCAUUGUCAGAUUUUUGCAGUUAGUUGCAAUAUAUUGUAUUGUUUAGACUAUUGUGUUGUUUUGUCUAUCAACGGUAAGAAUGUAAGUAAUGAAUUAAAGAUAUUUUUUUUGAGUAAUCAUCAAGGAAAUCUAAUACUAAUGUCUAUGUGACUCUAGCCAAACUUGCACCUGUAACAUGUAGCACAAAUAAAAUAGGAAUGUGUUUUUGAGGACUG